AUGGGGCCAAGAAAGCAUGAUGCUCCAGGCUACGAGGACAAUGUCCUCAAACACAACACAAAUAUAUCAAAGACGACCAAUUCCAUGGGCGAUGUCCUCGAAACUGGAUCAAUUCCCGACACUAUACUUGUGUCGGAACAAGGAGCUCCCCUAUCGCGGUCGACGAGCGAUGCACAAGACGACAAUGGACGACAGGGGCAGACAUGUUUUGAGAGCGCAAAGCAUCAGUGCAAAGAAUACAAGCAAGGAUUCAAUAGAAAACAAUACUAUGUUCGCCACCUAGGGGGUGUCGGACACAAGCAAAGGACCCGAAGCGAAGGCGAGCAGGGGACAAUCGAGGCCAGCUGCCCCUCCAAGUGCACCGAAGCGGGGUGCGUCAAUGCAUACACUCGUGACGACGCAUUGAAGAGGCACAUGCGCCGUGUGGAUCAGAGGGCGAGAUGGGUGGAGGGCGAAGACUGGUGA